UUAAGUGAUGCAUGAAAAUCAAAGAAGAGGCUCUUUGUCGCCCUGUUUUUGGAAGUAGUUGCGUUCAAUUUGGCAAAAGGGACUUAAUGGAGUUGGCUCAUAGCUUGCUACUUAAUGAAGAAGCUUAUAAUCAGCUGAGUGAAAUCCAAAAGCCUGUGUUUAUUUUUGAAUGGCUGCGAUUCCUUGAGAAACUUUUGGUAGCUGCAAAUAAGUCUGAUAUAAAAGAGAAACAGAAGAAGCUUGUAGAGCAGCUUACAACUUUGAUAAAUAGCACUCCAGGUCCGCCAACUCGCAGACUGAUUGCCAAGAAUCUAGCAGCCCUUUAUAGCAUUGGAGACACUUUCUCUGUUUACCAAAUUGUGGAUAAAUGCCAUGAAAUCAUUCGCAGCAAAGAUGACUCACCAAGCUAUCUUCCAACUAAACUUGCUGCGGUGGCUUGCUUGGGCUCAUUGUAUAGUCAGUUAGGAAGGAUACUGGGAAAUACCUUUACAGACACUGUGGGAAAUCUUCUCAGAACAAUAAAACAUGCUGAGUCUCAGGGACGUUCUGAGGUUAUGCUAACUUUACAGAAGAUUCUCAGAGGUCAAGGUGCUUCUGCUGCUCCAUGUCACAGAGACAUCUACAAAGCUGCCCGUUCAUGCCUGACAGAUCGCUCAAUGUCAGUCCGUUGUGCUGCAGCAAAGUGUCUUCUAGAACUUCAGAAUGAAGCUGUAUUCAUGUGGACCACCGAACUGGAGAAUGUAGCUACAGUGUGUUUUAAAGCCUUUGAAGGUUCAACUUAUGACGUGCGGGUAGCAGUUUCAAGGCUCCUUGGCACUGUACUGGCUACGGCUGUAAUGCCUAAACAAAAUUCGGCAUCAUCUAGGGCGAAUAUUCGCCAGACUUGUCUACAGGAAGCACUGGAUCAUUUGGCCACUGGCUUUAUACGUGGAGGCUCUGGAUUCUUGCGUGCAAGUGGUGAUAUGCUAAAGGGGACGAGCUCUGUUAGCAGGGAUGUUCGAGUGGGAGUUACACAGGCAUAUAUUGCAUUUGUUUCUACUCUUGGAGGGCCAUGGCUGGAAAGGAACUUUUGUACUUUACUUGAGCAUAUUCUGGAGUUGGUGUCACAUCCAAAAGCUACACAGACACAGAUGGAUGCAGUCCUGUGCCGGCGAUGUGUGUCUUUUAUACUUCGAGCAACACUGGGACGCCUUCUAGGAGAGAGAGCUCAAAUUGCUGCAUCCAAAGAGAUAUGCCAGGCAGUUGGGAAACAAAAGAAAGCCAUAGAUGCUGAACUCAGUGAGAGUAAUAUAGAGAGUCGUGUUGGCACAACAGAUGUAGCUGCAAGCCAGCAUGUCCUUGUAUGCACAUUACAAGAGUUGGGCUGUCUUAUACGGAGCCUUGGCACUACUGCUGCACCCCUGAUUCAGGACUCCAGCACAGGACUACUGGAUACUGUUAUUUCAGUACUCCUUCAUCCUAGUGUUUCAGCUCGAUUAGCAGCUGCUUGGUGUCUGCGUUGUAUUGCUGUGGCACUUCCCUCAUAUGCAUCAGUACUUCUGGAUCGUUGUAUUGAACGGAUUGGUGCACUCAAGUCUUCUGCAGAAGCAAUGACUGGCUACAGCUUUGCUGUUGCAGCCCUCUUGGGAGCAGUUCAGCAGUGCCCAUUAGGAAUUCCUCAUCACAAGGGAAAGAUGGUUAUGGCUGCAGCAGAGGAUUUGCUACGUUCUGCAUCUCAGAAUAGCCGCACAUCAGUACAAAGGACACAAGCUGGGUGGCUUUUGCUGGCUGCACUUAUGACAUUAGGCUCUGCUGUUGUUUCUCACCAUCUUCCAAGAGUUCUGCUGUUAUGGCGAUGUAUGUUUCCACAGUCACCACAGGAUCUUGAAACGGAGAGAAGUCGUGGAGAUUCAUUUACAUGGCAGGUUACAUUGGAAGGACGUUCAGGUGCACUUUGUGCAAUGAAAAGCUUCAUUUGUCACUGCAAAAAUCUGCUCACUGACGAGAUCAUACAGAGAAUACUUCUGAUCUUCCCAAGUGCUGUCGCUUUGUUAACACAGUUGCCUUCAUUAAACAAAUCCUAUGGAAAUGCCUUAAAAAUUCCAUCCAUGGUUUACAGACAGAGACUGAAUGAGAUUUUGGCAUUACUACCACCAAAGAAAUAUGAUGAUAAUUGUAAUGCAGUUUUAAAAGAGCUGAUUGCUGACUUGACAGCAUAUGACAACCAAAUGAGUGCUGCUACUUUCCUUCUUCCAUCCCUUUGCCACCAAGAUGACUUAUCACUGUUGGGACCAUCACUACAAGAGACUGAUCAUCAGUUUAUUGAACAGCAGCUAAAAUUUGGCAAUAAUAUGGGAGUAGGAAGCUUGGAAUAUGACCCCUAUUCGAUAUAUGAGAAAGUGAGUGAAGAGGAUUUAGUGCCUAAACCUCCAUCCCCUGCUUUGUCCGUGAUGAAUGCUGCUGUUGGCCUUUUUGGAGUUAUUUUUUGUCAUGUGGCAGAUCACCAAAGAGCCCAGGUAUUGGAUCAACUUUCAGAGGCUGUGAAACAAGUGAAGGGAGCUCGACAGCAAAUUGUGCACCUAAAUGUGGUAUCUGCAUUUUGCAGUGCAUUGAAGUGUUCAGCUGCUAGCAGAGGUCUCUUGGAACCAGAAGAAGUAAGAAAACCUGCACUGGCAUUAGUGAUAAGUGCCUUGGAAAGUUCCAGUCCUUUAUUACGAUGUAUUGCUGCAGAAUCAUUAGCCCGAAUGGCACAAAUUGUUGCCGAUAGUGCCUUUACUGCUGGACUGGCACAAGCUAGUUUUGAAAAACUGAAAUCUGCUCGAGAUGUGACAUCACGCAUGGGUCAUUCUCUAGCACUGGGUUCACUUUAUAGAUAUGUCGGAGGAAUAGGCUCAGUCCAGCAUCUUAAUGCGUGUGUUGGAAUUCUUUAUACACUUUCGCAGGAUGGCAGUUCUCCUGAAGUUCAGACCUGGGCCCUUCAUUCUCUCUCUCUGGUAAUCGAUUCUGCUGGUCCUUUAUACCACAUCCACGUGGAGCCUACUCUUUCUCUUGUACUCCUGCUAGUGUUAACUGUGCCUCCUGCAUAUGCUGAAGUUCAUCAAAGUCUUGGUCGCUGUUUAAAUGCUUUAAUAACCACACUUGGUCCUGAACUGCAAGGUUGUGGGCCAGCAGUAGAAGCUUUAAGAACCUCCUGCCUGGUGGGCUGUGCUGUGAUGCAGGACAACCCUGACUGUCUGGUUCAGGCUCAGGCCAUUUCCUGUUUGCAACAGCUUCAUAUGUUUGCCCCACGUCACGUUAAUCUGUCCAGCCUUGUUCCCAGUCUUUGUGAGAUCUUGUUGGAUAAUUCUGUGUUGGUAAACCUUUGCAGUUCCUAUUUAUUGCUGAGGCGGGCUGUGGUAGCUUGCCUUCGUCAACUUGCACAGAGGGAAGCUGCAGAAGUAUCUGAACAUGCAGUAGCAUUGGCUAAGGACAACCCAGAAGGUUCUUUUGACAUUAAUAUCAGAGAAACAGGUCUGGAGGGGGCCUUAUUCACCUUGCUGGACAGAGAAUCUGAUCAGAAGUUACGUCAAGAUGUAGAAGAAACUCUGAGUCAUAUGCUGUCAGCUAUGGCUAUUGAUAAUCUUUCAUUCUGGUUAAAGCUGUGUAAAGACGUGCUUUCAGCUUCUGCUGAUUUUGCCACAUCAGCUGGUGUAGAUACCACACAGGAAGAAGAAGGAGACAGAGAGGAUGAUGAGACUGUAUUUACACCUGCAGAUGUUAAAGUCUCUCAUCCAUUCAUAAAUCCACGUUGGCCAACAAGAGUAUUUGCAGCAAAAUGUACUUGUCGAAUCAUCAACCAUUGUGAAACUGCAUCAUCUGACCACUUUAACUUAUCAGCUGCUCAGGAGAAGAAAGAGAAGGAUCCAAACUGUGAUUUUUUAGUGCUUCACUUAGGUGACCUUGUCCGCAUGGCUUUCAUGGCUGCCACUGACCAUAGUGAUCAGCUUCGGCUUUCAGGCCUCGAGACAUUGCUUGUUGUCAUCAAGAAAUUUGCAGCUGUUGCAGAACCAGAGUUCCCAGGACAUGUGAUUUUGGAACAGUAUCAAGCAAAUGUUGGAGCAGCACUACGACCGGCUUUCACUUCGGAAACACCACCUAAUGUUACAGCUAAAGCUUGUCAGGUUUGUAGUGCAUGGAUAGCAAGCGGUGUUGUAAGUGACCUUAAUGACCUUCGACGUGUUCAUCAGCUGCUUGCUUCCUCACUUGCAAAAGUGCAAGCUGGAAAAGAAGCCCAGGACCAGAUAUAUAAUGAGAGCACAUCAGCCAUGGAGACAUUAGCAGUAUUGAAGGCUUGGGCAGAGGUUUAUAUUGUGGCAGUAGAAGGACAAAAGAGACAAACCAGCAAGCAGAAUGAAGGUUUGAAGGUUCCAAGUUCCUUUGAUAACAUCUGUAAGGAUUCAAGUCUUUCAGCUGAUGGACUUCUUAGCUUGGUUCAGACAGAUCUGGGAGUAUUAAGCAAACUAUGGCUUUCUGCACUGCAAGAUUUUGCUCUCCUCACCUUACCUCCUCAUUAUGCCUCUCGUCUUCCUGUUGGAGGUGGCACAUUCUACACAGCAGAAACUAUAGAAAGUGCAAGACCACAUUAUUUUAAUUCCUGGGCUCCAAUUCUCCAUGCAGCAGCACUAUGGCUUAAUAACACAGGAUUUGUUCAACCGGACUCUGAUGACAGCACAGUGAACUUUUCCAGGCCUGUGACGCCAACUACCAUGGGUCAAGAUUCAACAUCUAUGUCAACUGUUAAAUCUCCAGAGGAUGUCAGUACUGAUAGAUUUUAUCUUAUACUGGGGAUCAGCAUAGAGUUCCUGUGCUUGCCACGUUCAGAUGAACCAAUGGAAAGCAUAAUUACGUGCUUACAUGCUUUGAGAGCACUGCUGGAUGUUCCUUGGCCACGUUCUAAAAUGGGGAAUGAUCGGGACUUAAGUGUAGAGCUGUUAAAUGUCUUGCACCGGUUAAUUUUGACAAGAGAGUCCCCUGCGAUCCAACUUGCUGUGCUCGAUGUUGUCAAACAGAUCCUUUAUGCAGCCCAGGAGCACGUGAAGGAAAAACGUAGGAGUGCUGAAGUUGAUGAUGGUGCUUCAGAAAAAGAGACUGUACCAGAGUUCGGAGAAGGCAGGGACACUGGUGGAUUGGUACCUGGAAAAUCACUGGUGUUUGCCAUGUUGGAGUUAUGUCUUUGUAUUCUUGUACGACAACUUCCACAACUGAAUCCAAAGUUGGCCAGUAGCCAUAUGAACAGACCUGGAAAACACUAUAUCUUGUCAGAAAGUGGAAGUCAGCUUGUCUGUAUUGCUUUAAGUAUCCUUGCUGAACUUCCUUCAGUAUGUUCACCAGAAGGAAGUAUUUCUAUUCUGCCUACAAUCCUUUAUUUGAUUACUGGAGUCCUGAGAGAAAUGACUUUAAAGAUGCCUGAUGGACAGGUAUCUUGUACAGUUCCAGCGGCUUUGCAGUCUCUUAAAAUGGUGGUAGCAUCCCCCAUGGCUAAAGAAGAGAAGAGUCAUAUUGCUUGGACUGCUUUGUUGCAAAGUGCUUUAGCUACAAUUUUGGGGUUGCUGAAAGAAGAUGAUACAGAUGAACCUGAAUGCGAUGAAAUUAGCUUGCUUACUGCUGUCACUGUUUUCAUAGUAACUGCUGGCCAAGAAGUUACUGCUGUAGAGUGCCUUCAAAAACAAAGUAUUGAAGCUUUUAAAAAAGCCCUUGCAUCAAAAGAAACAUUUGUGCUGAUGAAAUGCUACCAACUGAUGCUGUCCAUUUUCCAACAUCCAAAUAAAGCUGUGUCUUCACUUUAUAUACUGUCUUUGGCACCUACAAUUGUGAGGAAAUUUCAGGAUGUUGAGAAAAGAGGACCCGAUAGCUUUGCUGAGUUCCAGGCUAUUCAGGAAGGCAUAAAACUGAUGGAAGCUGUAAUUUCUGCAGCUGAUGAGCAGAAUAGAACUGCAUUAGUGGAAUGCCUCAUACCUAUUCUGCUGUGUUUUAUUUUGGAUGAGAAUGCCCUGAUUUCAGCUACAAAACCAGCACAAAACUUGCAUGAGUUUGCUUUACAAAACUUGAUGCGAAUUGGGCCACAAUAUUCAUCAGUCUUAAAAAAACUUAUGGCUACCUCUCCUGCACUGAAGACAAGGCUUGAAACUGCAGUUAAAGGUAAUCAGGAAAGCAUCAAAUCAAAGACAGCAGUAAAGCAGUCCAAGGUGCCUGGGAAGGGUUCUCCAAGCAUUCAGCUCAAGACCAACUUUCUCUGACUUGUGUCAUAAUAUCACAGUGUUUGUAAUGAUACAAAUCUGAUUGUGUUUUUUUUUGUCAUCUGCAUUGUCUUGUAUUAAAGAGUUGAUUGCAUGUUUAAAAAUUCAUCCAAAUGGCAUUUUGAAACACUGAUAGAACUCCGAGUAGGAUAUUGUAAAUGUUUUUCUUUUUUCAUCUGUACCCUCUUUCGGGGAGCACUAAUGAUAGCUUAUUUUUUUAACUUCUUUAAAUUAUUAUAGAAUUAUUUUAACCAUAGACAGCACUCUUGUUUCAUGUUAUUUCUUCUACUGUCUAACCUUUCCUUUGCACCCUCCCUGAAUGAAGUCGUUUGACUUUUUUUUAAACUGUUUCUUAUACUUUGUCCUGAUCAUGGGUUGCCCAUUCUUUGAAGUGUUCCUAUGAGAGAUUGAUCAUAUUGCUGAUGUCCUCCCCUCCUCCACCACCAGUUUAACAUUCUCAGAUAUAUGUUUGGAUAGCGAAUGCAAUGCGUGAGUUUCUUUCUGCCAACAUGCCCACAGUGGACCAAACAGGGGCGUUCCUACCAUUGAUGGCAUCACAAGACUUGCCAUGGUUUAACAGUCCAGCAGCAUGUCCCGUAGAUGUCACCUGCCUGGCUUUCAGGUGUCUGAUAUUUCAGGUCAUAGGUGUAGCUGGAGGGUAAAGUGCAUACAUCACAGUCUUCCCUGCCACUGAAAUGGCCAUUAUUUUAUUCAUUUUAAGGUGGGAGAAGGAAUUAUGAUUCCAUUAUCAGCCUGAAAAUUGCUGCUACAGCUGCUAUAGUCUCCUUUAGUGCCUUCUUAGGGUUAAGGCUUUACUGUUGGUAAGUAAUGAUACUUGGCCUAAUAAGUUUAUAGGGCUUCUUAGUGAUUAGGACAUCUUUACUAUAGAGAUGACACUCGUUAUGCUGCUUGAGUGUUUCUGCAAAAAAAAAAAAUACUUUUUAGCAGUUGCUUUACACUGCAACAGUAUUCUUACAUAAAGCACUGCAAACCAGUUUCAAGAACUCAGUACAGGAUUAUGACAUUUUAAGAAAAGAAAAUGUAAUGUCAGAUCCUUAAUUUCCUUUCUUAACCUUUGUGGUUGCCAUGAGUAAAUGUGCUUAUGAAGUAGGAACAUCAAGUACAAAUGAUGUACGCUAACUACACUCAUGCCUGUAUUUUACAGCCAAAAUAAACUGUAGAGAUUUAACUACUUAAAUUAUUGCUGUGUACCACUAAAAGCACAUAUGAAAUUAAUUUCACUGACAGGUUGCACUGUUAUUUUGUAAAUACUAAUUCUGCAGUUUUUGGUCUACAUAAAGUUAACACAGUAAAGUUCCAGCCUGUAUAAUAAAAUGUAACUAAAAUAUUUUUUUUCUUAUUUGAGGAUGGCACUAAUAUCUAGCAAAGUUGUUCUUCCGGUUAUCUUCAUGCAUGUUGUUUACAGUCUUCCUGUAUAUUUGUAAGUACUGCUACAUUCUUUCUCAGUUUGCCUUUCUCCAGUGAACAUCCUUUUUGUAAAAUUUCACUAGCUUCCCCUGUUGAAUUUGGCAGUUUGCUAAUAAAGAUGAAUGUUGUUCAAAGAAGUACCAGCUAAGAUGCCCAGAGAAAGUUCCAACCUUUAACAGGAGUGUAUUUUAUUAAAGCUUUUUGCUACAUUUUAUUUUUAUGACGUAUUUAAGCUUAAAUAUUAAGUCUACUCCUUUGUUAACAAGACUUGUAUAGUUUGGCACUGGGGACUUUUCACAUUUACAGAUUAUUUUCAUAUAAAAUGCAGACAGCUGCUGUAAAUAUCUAACCACAAAAGCCCAUUUUCUAGCUGUAACAGGAUUCUGUUAAUUUCAUGAUGCUGUUCUGUUUAUAUGAUAUUAAUAAUAAUAAUAAUAAUAUACCAAACACUGUGUCAAAGUGGAUCCAGUAUUUUCUAACAAAAGUCUAGCUCUGUAGAAUGUUUAACCUGGUCUCAGAGUUGGCAAGCACACUUGGCUUAGGAAGUGAUUGUAAUGUGUACUGUAUUUUUUAUUUACAAUAAUUGUACAUACUUCUGUAAAAUGUAUAAAUUUAAUAGUCUGAGUGAAAUUCUAACAUAUAAGAUGUUUUUCUAAUUUACUUAAAUAAAGUUGAUUUGUGCAUUUGUA